CGCUACAUACGGAUUGGAGUACGAUUUUACUCGUGUCAUUUAAUAUUCUAUCCGCGUGUUAUACUUGUCAGUUACCUUUAAAAAAAUUCUUUUAUAAAUUUUUCAUUAAAAAUUUUUUAUUUUCUCUUUUUCAUUCAAGUUUUAAUAAUAUUUUCAUAAAAUAAUGAUAAAUAAUUAUUAAACUACUAAAUUUAUAGUAAAAUUAUACUUUUUUUUUUUUUUUUUAAUCAUUUUUUUGUAGUACUAAAUAUUCUUUAUUAUUAUUCUCGUUUUUCUCUUUUUUUUUUUCGUAUGUGUGGUACUUGAAUAACUCAGUGUCGAAAAAAUAAAAAAACGGGUUAUAAAAUAAUAAUAAUAAAUAAAUAGAAAUUAGAUAAAAAAAAUAAAUUAUAUCACAAUCUAAAAAUACACGUCAUUAGUAUGAAAAAAUUUCAACAAAAUAGUGAUAAUGUGUUUUUCAUAUAUUUUUUUUUUUAAUUUCUGUUAAUUAAUAUCGUGAAUUAUUUUCUUUAAAAUUACGUGUUUAAUGUGAAUUGUGAGUGUAAAGUGAAUUAAAAAAAUAUAUUAUUUUUAAAUUAAUAUUAUUUCAAUUUUUUAUUAAAUUAAAAAUUCGUCCUUGAUUUAUUAAAUUAAAAUUUGAUCGUUAACAAUAAAUUAUUUCUUUUUCCAUUGAUAAAAAUUUACGAAAAAAAAAAAUACAAAAGUGUUUUGCUUUUAAAACUUAUGAGUAUUGUGAAGGAAAAUAAAAAAAUUAAGAAAUAUACUCAAAGUCAAAAGUGAAUGUGUACAAAUAAGUUGGUUUUUUAGUGGGGUUUAGGGGGGUAUUUGUGGACUAUCAUUGGUACAUGCCAAUUGGCCAUUGGGGACAUGUCCAGACUGAAGAGUAAACCGGUUGACGGUUAUGUCACUAAUCGAAAUGCCGAUCUUUGUGACUUGGAAUAAAAAAAAAAAUAUUAAUGAUUAUUUCAUGACAAUAAACAUCCUCACCUUAAAUAAAAAAUUUAAUAUAUAUUUAUAAACAUCCACACGGUUUAUAACAAAACAAGACAAAAAAAAAAAACGUAAAAAUAAAAAACAGGUUAAAUCUGAGUUCUAGGAGGGAUUUAUUUCGAAUUUCCCAUCAUAAUCCGGAAGUCAUAUGCCCAUUCACGCCCGUAAAACGUUUGACCUUAAAGUUUUUGUUCCUCAUUGAUUUUUCACCCUCAACAUCUUGUGGAUAUUUUUUUUUUUCUUGAGCAGUCUAUCUGCGAGGAAAUUGAAAUGGUUGAGUUAAACGGAAAUGGCCAAUCAGGCCAAGUGAGUACAGGUGGUACAUCAAGUUUAACAUCAGUACCAACAUCAUCCUCAUCAUCAUCAACAACAACAGCAGCAUCAUCAUCAACAUCCGGUCGUGCUGGUGUACUUGAAACACAAGUACGCGGUCAAUGGUAUCGUGUUUUUAUAUCACUUGAAGAUGAUUAUCUCAGUAUAUCACUUGAUGAAUCAUAUGAAAAUAUAUUAACGUCUAAUGGUGGUACAACAAAUGGCAAUAUUAAUAAUAACAAUAUUGAUAAUUUCAACGAUCCAGAUGUACCAGAUUCAGUUGCUAAUCAAAAACGUAUUGUACGUGUUGUUAAAAGUGAUAAUAAUGGUCUUGGUAUAUCAAUAAAAGGUGGAAGAGAAAAUAAAAUGCCAAUUCUCAUAUCAAAAAUAUUCAAAGGAAUGGCUGCUGAUUCAACUGAACAAUUGUAUGUUGGUGAUGCAAUAUUAGCUGUUAAUGGUGAGGAUUUACGUGAAGCAACACAUGAUGAAGCUGUUAAAGCACUCAAGAGAGCUGGAAAAACAGUCGAACUUGAAGUAAAAUAUUUGAGAGAAGUAACGCCGUACUUCAGAAAAGCUUCAAUAAUCCAAGAAGUUGGAUGGGAACUUCAGAGAGGUUUUUUAAGUGCAACACCACCACCACCAAAGUCACCACCUAGAGCAGAUACCCGUUAUCUUCCACUUCAACUUUGUCGACUCACUAGAGCUCAUCCGUCUUCUGAUCCUGAGGGCAGAAUUUUGGAGCUUCAUUCACCCGAUGGAGUUCACGAGUGUUGGCUGAAAGCAUCCGACAAUGCUGAAGCGAAUGUGUGGUUCAAUGCACUUCACUCAGCACUAGCAGCCCUCACCCAGAAAGCUUUGAGGCUUGCGUCAGCUCUACCAGAUCCCCCUCAACUUCAACACAUUGGCUGGCUUGCAAGGCGACACUGUAUGAAGAAUGGCAGAGCAAGUAGUGAGAGCAGUGAAGAUGGUGCAAGCAGUAGUGCAAGUAUGUCAAGGGGUGCCAGUAGUAGUUAUGGUUGUGCUGGUGGUUGGCGUAGUGUUUUUGGUGCUGUAUCAAGACGUGAAUUAAGGCUUUAUGAAUGUGCACCAUGGAGUCCAGAAGCAUGGGCAUCACCCAGUAUCACAUGUCCUCUUAUUGCAACAAGAUUGGUGUCAUCACCAAUGAGAAAUGGUGAAGCUUCUAGCAGCAAUUCAGGAACAAUGCAUGGUGCAACAUUUGCAGUACGAGUUGGAACAUCAUCUGGUGUGAUAAUGCAUCAUUUGAGAACAGAAACACGCAGAGAUUUAGCAGCCUGGGCAAGAGCAAUCAUACAAGGUUGUCAUGCUGCUGCACAUUCUUUACGUGAAUAUACAAUUCAUUGUAUAUGGCAAAAAAAUCCUUGUAAAUUAGUUGUCAAUCAUGAAGAAGGCUUCAAGCUUUUUUCAGCAGGUAAUAGAGGAAUGAAUGGUGCAAGUCCAAGUUCACCACCAGCACCAUUAUGGCAACGACCAUUUGAUAAACUUAGAAUGUCUGCUGAUGAUGGUACGAGAUUACUUUGGCUUGAUUUUGGUGAUGAUGAUACAGAAAUUGAAUUAGAUCUUGAGAGUUCACCAAAACCAAUUGUCUUUGUUCUUCACAAUUUUCUAUCGGCAAAGAUACACAGACUCGGAUUAAAUGCAUAGGGGUACGAGGGGGCUUCAAUUGAGGCUCCCGAUCUUCCACCACAUACUCAUCGUUCUAUAACAAGUGUCUGCCUCCACUAAAAAUAAAUAAAUAAAUAUUCCACUGUAUCUGAACAAACAGUGUACCCUAAUAAUUCCAAUAUUUUCAAACGGAUAAGAAGGAAAACAAAAUACAAUAAUACUGAUAAAAUAAAAUUGAAAAUAAAAACACAAAUAAAUAUAUAUACAAGCUUACGAAUAUACCCUUAAAUCCAAAGAGACGUUCAACAAAAAGAAAAUAAAAAAAAAAGGCUAUUUUAAAACCAAAAGAAAUAAUAAUAAAAAAAAUUCUUCCGGCUUACUCAGGACUCGUUGAAGAUUGGCUUGUACCUAGUAUGUAUAAAAAAAAAAAACCUCAUGAUGAAAUAAUCCUUUGAAAUAAAAAAAAUAAA